AUGUUGAGGCCAAUUGAGUCGAAAUUGCCAAAUCCUCCUCCAAAGAAUCUUGAUUACUCUUUGAGAUGUGAAUAUUGUUCUGGUACACCGGGGCAUGAUACGGAGAAGUGCUGGCACCUGAAAAAUGCCAUCCAGGAGCUCAUUGACACAAACUGGAUUGAAGUCCAAACUCCGGAGACACCCAACAUCAAGCAGAACCCAUUGCCAACCCAUGAAGAAACAAACAUGAUCGAGAUAGUACACAAGGGGGGUGAGCCCAAGAAGCCCUCACAGUCCGUCAUGAUGAUUCAGUCCAGUGAGGCUAAGCUAGUCAAAAAACCAAUGGUUGAAGGAUCAGUGAACAAGUUGAGCAUGAAAAACGGUGAGCCAUCUGUGAUAGUCAAGAAAGGAUCCCCAAAUGAUGCUGUAGCAAAGAAAGAUAAGUCAAAAGUGGUUGUGCCAGGUUUGGCAAACAAGCCUAUCGUGAUUGUAGAUGGUGCCCGUACGGACUUUCUCAUCAUCAAGCCCGUAACCCAGUUGCCGGCAGUCAACACCAAGGAUAUCCCAUGGAGCUACAAACGGGUGAUAGUGACCUACAGGGGAAAGGAAGUGAAAGAAAAAGUGAAUGAGGCCCAAGGACUAACUCGUUUGGGGAGAUGCUUUGCCCGGGAAGAGUUAAGAAAAGCCAAAACACCCAGAGAUAACCCAGUUCUAGUAAAGAAAGCAGUCACUAAGGAAGAAGCGGAGGAAUUUUUGAGAAAAAUGAAGGUACAAGAUUUCUCCAUCAUGGAGCAGCUGAGAAAGACGCCCGCUCAGAUUUCCAUGUUGUCAUUGUUGAUCUAUUCGGAUGAGCAUCGUCGGGCCCUGAUGAAAAUCCUGAACGAAGCUCAUGUCCCCGACAAAAUUUCAGUGAACUAUUUGGAAAAGAUCGCCAACAAAAUAUUCGAGGUGAACAAGGUCACUUUCUCUGAUGACGAAUUGCCUGUGGAAGGUACUGAACACAACAGAGCUCUCUAUCUGACGGUAAAAUGUGAAGAUUCUGUGGUCACCAGGGUGCUAGUUGACAAUGGUUCCAGCGCAAGCAUUUUCCCUCUCUCUACUCUGAACAAGCUGAAAGUUGAUGAUGAGUGGAUUCACAAGAACAACAUACGCGUCCGAGGUUUUGACGGUGGAGGGAAAGACUCGAUGGUCAAGUUUGAGUGGGAUAGACAGGAGAUCGUCGUGCAUGGCGAAGAAAAUUUGUGUGCUCACAGUGAUGCCUCCAUCCCCUUUAUUGAGGCUGAAGAUGACAAAGGGCCUUGGGUCUACCAAGUUUUUGAAACAGUGCCAGUCGAAAAGUUUCCAGAAGGGAAAUGUGUUCCAACUCCAAAGAUGGCCUCUGCAUCCGUCAUGGUGGCCUCUAAAAUGCUGAAAAACAGCUUUGUGCUAGGUAAUGGUCUGGGUGCAUCCCUGCAGGGUAUCAUACAGCCGGUUUCCCUCCCUGAAAAUUUUGGUACAUUCGGUCUUGGAUUCAAACCUAUAGCGGCAGAUGUAAAAAGGCCUAAAAGGUUGAAACGGAAGGCGUGGGCAUUUCCAAAGCCUAUCCCACGUCUCUCACGGUCUUUUGUUAAGCCCGGUGCCAGGAAACGCCCAGUGACAACAGUUCCAAGUUCUGUGGUUGACAUUGAUGAAGAGUUAAUUGAAAGGUUCCAAAGGUUGUUUGAUAAUGUGAACAUGGUAGACGUUGGAGAAGUAAAGUUCAGGCAUAUUACAAGGAUCCAUAAUGAGGUUGCCGAUGCUUUGGCUACCUUAGCGUCAAUGUUGCACCAUCCGAACAAAGCUUAUGUCGACCCUCUGCAUAUUCAAGUUCGUGAUCAGCAUGCCUAUUGUAAUUUGGUUGAGGAAGAACUUGACGGUGAACCGUGGUUCCAUGGCAUAAGGAGUACAUCAGAAUGA